GUGCAAAAUACGAAAAAUGAUAGACGUUUUAGACAUGUUUGAUAGGUGUUUUAAAGGUACAUCCGGGUUUAAUCUGUACAAAUGUUACUGAUGAUAUCCACCUUCUUUCUUGGGCUAUCUUUCAGAAUUCUCCGAAAACAUGUUCUACUUCGUUGACACUGUAUAUCAUUAGAAUUUUCCAAGAAAUUCUGCGAAUACAUGUGGAAAUAGUCCGAGGACAUGCUAUAUAACUGCGAUUUCCAUCAAAUCUGUAUUCAACAUUGGAUGUGCAUAGACUGACGAAGAUGUCUUCUCCUAUCAAAACCUGGCUGGAAAAGAGGGCAACCACAAUUAAGUUGCUGAGAAAACUUGCGGUUGAACUGGAUAAUAUGCAAGGAAAAGUCAAUAUUUCAAAGCUGGCUGGUACAACGGGAGCCAUUGUAGGUGGUUUGGGUACACUUGCUUGUUUAGCGGCAGCCCCAUUCACUGGCGGUUUGUCCACGUUGGGCAUGAUAGGAUUUGGUGGCCUUGGAUUGGCAGGUGGCGCAGUCAACCUUGGAACACUAAUAGGAAAGCACUUUCAUGAAAAAGAUUUGAUCGAAAAAGUUCAAAAAGCUCUCAACGAUGACCGAGAAGAAAGUGAAAAACUAAACAAGGAACUUGAAGUUUCCUCUGAGGAAAGAGAGAAACUGAAUGAUCCCGAUCUGGAUGUUUCCGGUACAGGUAAAAGAGCUAUAAAGCUUGCGUCCGAUGCCAAGGGAAUACGUUCUGCAGCAGGUGUUGCGGCAAAAGGAGUUUCAAAAAUGGCUGUCUUUGUUACUGUUGCCUUUUUGCCGUUAGACAUUCUUGAUUUGGUACAAACAUCAAUCAAAGUCCACAAAGGAUCCAUAAACGAGUCGGCUGCAGAGGUACGAAGGAUUGCUAGUAAACUUGAACAAGAGAUGAAGGAAAUGGAAGGAUCAUUCGAGAAAUCUUAGACAUUCGUCACAGAUUGGCCCUCGUGUGAUGAAAAAUGUUCCAAACCAUCACGAUAGGAUUUGAGAAUCAAGAGAAAGUGAGAACUCCACGGCAAUUCCCGAAAAUCUUAUAAUCCCAAAAUAUCCCGUUCAUUCCCGUUGUACCAGCGACGCAUCAAUGGAUUCGAUGUUGUAUAGAACUUUGUAUUUCAACUUACAACUGCUUCAUAAUACUCUAUUGCGAACCUCGAUAUCCCAGUGGUUAUCUUUUUUGAAUAUGUCAUGGCAAAAUUUCAGGAUCGGUCGCCGCCAUCUUGUGGAUGAAACAAAAAAGACUUGUUGGAUCCUUUAUCAUGUAUUCUAAGCGAAACUCGAUGUUGCCAAAUCGGUAACUUGAAUAGAUUAAGGAUAAAAUAGAAAUCAUAAUAAAAAUUUGAACAUUCCAGCUGUUCCAAACCAUCACGAAAGGAUUUGAGAAACUAUAGAAAGUGAGAAUUCCAGGGUUAUUCAUGAAAGUCUUAUAAUCCCAAAAUAUCCCGUUCCUUCUCGGUGAACAUGUGGCGCUUAAAGGAAUUCGGGCUGUAAAUAACAUUGCGCUUCGACUUGCUUCAUUGUACGCUAUUGCCAUCCUCAAUACUUCAUCGGUUAAGUAGUUUUUUCUUGUUUGCUCUUUGACAUAAUUAUGUAUUAAAACGUAACUCGAGGUUGCCAACUUGACUAGAUUAAGGAUACAUUUAAAAGCAAAAUUAUAAUAAAAACUCGGUUGUCGUUCUUAGUUAACAAUUAAAUUGCGUGUUGUGUGCCUUCGGUUUUGCCUUAGGAUGCAAAGAGUGGAAGUGAACUUACUUCCAGUGUAUUGAUGGUGUUGUCAUUGUGUGAUCUAUAUAUCAUGAUACUUUUGUCAUUAUGCGCGUCGGACGGAUCCGACGCAUGUUCAUUCACACUGGACAAGUUUAAAGAUGCAAAUGUUUAUGAUGCACUCAAGGACAUUGCUGACUGUUUAAAGGCGCAUGAUUACAAAACAAAAUGAAAUUGUAUCAAAUAUCACGUCUGUAAAGCUGGAAAUAAGUAGAUAAUAAUGGUACAUUUAAUACGUAACUACUGUAUGUCUAUGCUAUAUAUUUCACACUUUUAUUACUGUAGAAUUUGAUUAAAACUUUAAAAGAGAGGGACCAUAUUUGACUUUCCCACUUGCUAAACACUUUUGUUCUAGCAAUGAUUAAGACACAUUUGAUAACAGUUUUAUAAACGAUAACACACCGAAAAUGCAACCAGUCUCUCAAUAAAAUGUUUUCCAUGUCUAAUUAAGAUUUAUUUUACAAUUUCCUUUUUUAUUUUGUAACCUAUAACCAAAACAUUUCAAAUGAAAUUAAAAAUGAAUUAUUUACCUUUCAAUUUUUCCUUUUAAUGAAUUUAGAGAAAAAUAAGCUUGAAGUUUGAUAUACUUUUUUCUCGUGUUUUAGGUCACCUGAGACGAAGUCUAUAGCUCAUAAAGAGAAAUCACAUUUUUGAAUAUCAUUUGUAUUGGAAUUCAUUCUAACUUUGUUAACAUUAUCAGCAUUGGAUGACAGCUUGAUGGUAUGCAUAUGUUGGCUCUGAUUGACCCCCUGGGCUGAUGGGUGGGGCCAAAAAAAGUAACUUAAAUCAACUUAAAUGUUUCAAAAUUCAGGUGACCGUUAUGGCCCAUGGGCCACUUAAUUUCUGUAAUAUGAUAAAAUAGAGGUUUUAACAUUUUAUCUAAACCAUUUUAAAGUUUAAAAUUGAAUAUAACCUGAAGACGAUAUUUUAGCAUAGCUUUUUAUAAGCUGCAUUUUUUGCAUUAAAAUAGAGUAAACAUUUAUAUCAAAAUUGCUGCUGAUAUCUUAAAUAGCUGAAUAUGGCAUCAGUUUUUUUUUUUUUUUUUUUUUUUUUUUGUUUGUUUUUUGUUUGUUACUAAGCUUACAAAUAUUUAAACCUAAAUGUAUUUAGCAAUUUUACAGCCAUUUGUCACUCAUGUAAAUAGACAUGAUGACCUCUGUAGGGGUUUGAUGCAUUUGUUUUACAUGGUGAAAUAAAAAUGUCACUUUAA